AUGCCCAAAUGGAUAUUCAUACUAAAUCUGGCUGCUCAGAGGAGACUACUCACAAGGGAUCGACUAGCUUCGUGGGGUAUUACGCAGGAUGUGAUGUGUCCCCUAUGUAAUGACGAGAAUGAAACAUUGAAUCACUUAUUCUUCACCUGCUCGUAUGCCGCUAGCAUUUGGGAGAAACUGCUUCAGUGGCAAGGUAUGGCUAGACCAAUCUUAGGUUGGGUGGAUGAGCUACACUGGGCGACUACAAAUGCACAAGGGAAUUCAGCUACUGCCGCUGUGUAUCGAAUGACCUUGGCUGCAUGUGUUUAUCAGGUAUGGAAGGAGAGGAACCUGCGCAUUUUUGAAAAUAAGAGUAGGCCACCAGCUCCUAUUCUUCGUAUGAUAAUCCAAGAGGUGACGAUGAGAGGUGCAAUGCAGAGAAAAUUAGCUAGCAAAUUUGAAAAGCUCAACUUUUACCCGUAG